GAACUCAAACUUGACAACAACUUGCGCCAUAAUAACACAUUUCAAGUCCGCCUUCUCUCUCUCAAACACACUCCCUCUCGCAAUUCCAUUACAUGAUAGCUUCCUUCACACCAAAAUCCACUCUCUAAGCCCUAAAUUUAUCCCCAAUUUUCAUAUGGAAGCCUCCCCGUAUUUCCUCAGAUUCCCAUCUGCCCAAGUUUCAAGCAGAAUUCGGAAUUCUGAAAUAUGAUUUUAUCCUCUUAUUGGACGAAUUCGUUUCUCGAGAUUUAACUUAUUCCUAGUUUCUUUGACCGAUUUUUUUAUCGGGAUUCGGAGAGUUUUUUUAGAAAGCGUCAUUCGAAGCUGAUUGGAAGUGAAUUCCGGUUGAAAUUUGAAGGGUUUUCGGUUUCGAUUCUCCGAAUUGGAGUUCUUUGGACGAGCAGGAUUUUAGUGAAGAUUGAAUUUUGAAGGAGCUAUCAUGGACCAUGGGCUUUCUGAUAGCAGUGGAACAGAUGAUGAUAUCCCUUCUUCACAUCAGAAUAGGUUUCAGAGAGGGGGUCGCACUGCUGCUGGCAAUGGAAGACCAGCAGUUGUAGGUUCUGUGGGCAAUGGAAGAUCAGCAGUUGCUCCUUUGCCUAGGAUUCAUGGUGAUGACAUGGAAACACAACUCCAUCUCAUUGAACAGGAAGCAUACAGUUCGGUCCUGCGUGCCUUCAAAGCUCAAUCAGAUUCUUUAACUUGGGAGAAGGAAAGUUUAAUAACUGAACUCAGAAAAGAGUUGAGAGUGUCAGAUGAGGAACAUAGAGAGCUUCUAUCAAGGGUUAAUGCUGAUGACAUGAUCAGGAGAAUACGGGAAUGGAGAACGUCGGGUGGGAUCCAGCCUGGAAUGCUCAGUACAAGUCAGCCUAUUCGUGACCCUGUGCCUAGUCCUACAGUAUCAGGAUCACGCAAGAAACAGAAAAUGUCACAAUCUGUAGCUUCGUUAUCGAUGAUUGCACCAUCUCCUGCACUGCAUCCAUCUAUGCAACCAUCUUCAUCGGCCUUGAGACAAGGUCCUCCACCAGCUGGAAAGGGCAAGAAAUCAAAAUCUUCGACACAGUACCCUUCCGCAGGGCCUCCUGGCAGACCGCAGGCUUCUAACCGUAGGUCUUCAGGGGCCUUUGCAAUGAAUGAACCUACUGAAGGAGCACCAUACGAUCCAUUAAUUGGAAGGAAAGUUUGGACAAGGUGGCCUGAAGACAAUCAUUUUUAUGAGGCUGUUAUAACAGACUAUAAUCGAGUUGAGGGGCGGCAUGCUUUGGUUUAUGACAUUAAUACAGCAGAUGAAACUUGGGAAUGGGUCAAUCUCAAAGAGAUAUCUCCUGAAGAUAUUAGAUGGGAAGGUGAUGAUCCUGGAAUAUCUCAUAGAGGUAGUCGCCCUGGACCAGGCCUUGGGAUUAAGAAGUCCAUGGGUCAUGGUGGUGGGGUGGUUGGAGCAGGAAGAGGUAGGGGGAGUAUAAAGGGUCAGGGUAGGAAGGAUUUCCCUUUGGCGCAAAAUGGUGUUGGGAAAAAGGUUUUGGGUGAUAUAAAGAUACUACGUACAGAUACUCUAAUUAAGGAGGUGGAAAAAGUCUUUGGUGUAAGCCAUCCCGAUCCUAUAGAGAUUGAGAAAGCAAAGAAAGUGCUGAACGAGCAUGAACAAACCCUAAUUGAUGCAAUUGCAAGACUUGAAGAUGCAUCUGAUGGUGAAAGUGAUGAACAUCUGUUGCUCACAAGGACAACCAAUGGAUCAACUAAGGGCAUGGAGAAAACCACAGUUUGAUGAGAAUGAUUGAAGGGUCUAAUGGCAUAAACUUGGGAUUUUAGCCAGCUUUAUAUAUCCAGUUGCGGAAGCUUUUGUACCUUGAUUUAUUUCUUUUCUAUCAGCUAGGCUAAUGCCCUUUUCAUGGUGUACAUAAAUCUUUUUGGUUAGAAGGUUCGUUGGACUUGGUCUUCUUGUAACUUCAGCUUUACAGUCAGCUAGGAAAAUGCUUUGUAUAAAUUUUCAAAAUGCUAGUGAAUGAUAUCCCUGACCUAGUAAAAAAAUAUU